CGAUGCCGGUCGCCGCCCGAUCAGCGCCCCGCGGAGCGCAGUCCCACGCCCGCUUCAUCGCCCCCGCCCGCCGGCGGGACAACGGCGCCGCUCCGCGCGUCGGGGAGAGCGGCGGCGAGCGGCCCCAGCCCCUCCGCCAGGCCGGCGAGGCGGGCCGGCACGGCAGAUGGGUGGCUUCUUCCGCCGCCCCCUUCCUGCCUUCCUUCUCCUCCCCUCCGCCCCCCCCCGUCUCCUCCGCUGCCUCCUCCCCCGCUGCCGAGGCCGCCGCCGCCGCCUCCACCUCCCCCUCGGCUGCCUGCCUCCUCCCCGCACCCCCCCGCACCCGCGCUCGUUCCCGCUGCGGCUUCCCCGGACUCGCCAUGAGCGGCGGUGCCGCUCGCUUGCCGCCGCCCCCCGCCCUCUGCCCGCCACCGCCGCCGCCCCUCCACGGGCCGAGCCUGCCGGAGCCAGGAGCACGCAGCCAGGGCCGGGGUAGCCCCGCCGGCCACGGCGCACCCCGCACCGCCCCGGGCGCCAGAGGCCCGCCACCAGGUAGCAUUGGUACAUCCUUUCAAUGCCACUCAAUCCAUCAAGAUCAUAUUUGUAAUGAUGACGGUGACAAGAGUGAAGACAGUCCUAGUCCCAAGCGACAACGCCUUUCCCAUUCAGUCUUUGACUAUACAGCAGCAUCACCAGCCCCAUCACCACCAAUGCGACCAUGGGAGAUGACAUCAAAUAGGCAGCCUCCUUUGGUUCGGCCCAGCCAACACCACUUCUCAGGGGAACGAUGCAACACACCUGCACGAAACAGGAGGAGUCCUCCUGUUCGACGUCAGAGAACAAGGAGAGAUCGUUUGUCUAGACAUAAUUCCAUUAACCAGGAUGAAAACUAUCACCAUCUCUCCUACGGGCAGCAGCAAGCAAUAGAAGAGCCCCGAGCCUUUCACCCACCAAACGUAUCUCCUCGUAUGUUGCACCCAGCUGCUCACGCACCACAGCAGAAUGCAGUGAUGGUUGACAUUCAUGAUCAGAUCCAUCAGGGCACAGUUCCUGUCUCAUACACAGUGACAACGGUGGCUCCACAUGGAAUACCACUUUGCACAGGCCAGCACAUCCCAGCCUGCAGCACACAGCAGGUCCCAGGGUGCUCAGUGGUUUUCAGUGGGCAGCACCUUCCAGUGUGCAGUGUGCCUCCCCCAAUGCUUCAGGCGUGCUCAGUCCAGCACCUACCUGUACCAUAUGCAGCAUUUCCACCCCUCAUUUCUAGUGACCCAUUCCUUUUGCAUCCUCCUCAUAUCUCUCCACACCACCCUCCUCACUUGCCUCCUCCAGGACAAUUCGUUCCUUUCCAAGCACAGCAGUCACGGUCGCCACUUCAAAGGAUAGAAAAUGAAGUAGAACUGCUUGGAGAACAUCUUCCUGUAGGAGGUUUUACAUACCCUCCCCCAGCCCAUCCACCAACAUUGCCUCCCUCAGCUCCUCUCCAAUUCUUAACCCACGAUCCUUUACACCAGGAGGUGUCAUUUGGUGUACCUUACCCACCUUUUAUGCCUCGAAGACUCACAGGGCGCAGCAGAUACCGAUCACAGCAGCCAAUACCACCACACCCUUACCAUCCCAGCCUAUUACCUUAUGUGCUAUCAAUGCUGCCAGUGCCACCUGCAGUUGGACCAGCUUUCAGCUUUGAGUUGGAUGUGGAAGACGGAGAGGUAGAAAACUAUGAGGCACUGCUGAAUUUGGCAGAACGCCUGGGAGAAGCCAAACCACGAGGGUUGACAAAGGCAGACAUUGAACAGCUUCCAUCCUACAGGUUCAAUCCAAACAACCACCAGUCAGAACAGACAUUGUGUGUGGUGUGCAUGUGUGAUUUUGAGUCAAGGCAGCUACUUAGAGUUUUGCCCUGUAACCACGAGUUCCAUGCCAAAUGUGUCGACAAAUGGCUGAAGGCAAAUCGUACCUGCCCAAUUUGUAGAGCUGAUGCUUCGGAAGUGCAUCGUGAUUCAGAAUGACCAGUCUAAGAGCACAAAUCUGGUUUGGGUGUUCCUGGUCACAUGUAUAUAUGAACUAUCUAUUGAACUUACCCAUGUGGCUUCCAGCCUACCCUUUACACAAAAGGGUCAAUGGACCUUACUUUGCACUGUGUGACUUAAUCAAUUAUAAAGCUUAUAACUAGUCUUCACAGUUACGGGAUUGUUAUACUAACAGUGUGAUUGGAACUCCAAAGAUUUUUUUUUUUUUUUUUUUUUUUUUUAGCUUAAUUUUGUGUGUGCACUAACAUUCCCUGGUUUUUGUGUGAUCAUUCCGAGUGUUGCUGCGAGAUUACUGUGGACGUGAUCUUUUAGCAUGUGCUUUUAUAUAAAAGAAAAAGAAAGAAAAAAAAAGUGGUAGCUCCAAACAAUAUAGCAAUCUACCUUAUAUAGAGCCUUCAGAUACUGUGAGUGGGAAUGAAUGGUGUAAAUGUGUGUUUGCUUGUGAGAGGAUGUGUGACGUGUGCUUGUGACUGAGUGAGUGUGCAUGUGUGUUUGAGAACCUAUAUACCAGCAUGUACCAAGAACGUAUGUGUGUAGUAAUAAUUAUGCUGCAAUGUAUAAUCUUGUGUGUUAUUUAAACAGUACUAGUACUGUACACUGGUUCCUUUCCUUGUGUUUGCAGUUGCACACUGAAUGCGAUGGGUGCAGCAAUUACAGACAUUUAGUAUUUCCUCCCCAAUGUACUUACAGGUAUAAAGACCUUUCUACCUACUAUUCAAACAGCUGAUAUGCUUCCCCUUCAUUGGAGGCUUUAAAUGUGUACCACUAAAGAGUGCAUUGAUUGUUCAUACAUGAGUAACCUUGGGGUUUUUAGCAUAUGUUACAAAGUCUGGAUUUUUAAAUGGCUGAUUUACAAGUUAUUUUAUCAAUGUAAAGUUGCAAUAUCACAGAAAUCAUUUAGCAAUAUUAACACUUUCAGUUGCUAAUAUGAGUAUCAAUGCUUUUCUGUUCUGCUUUUAAAUUUUUCUAGCUGGGUUUGCCAGUUAUAUACUUCUUCCAUGAAAGGAAGUAGAAAGGACACUGAGGGUGUUGUGCAAGAGCUCUUCACUUUUGGCCAUUGUACUUGCUAAGGACAUAAUCUUUUAGCUUAUAAACAUUGGUUUUAAUCACAUACAUUCUUUGUUAUUUACAAGGGAGUUUGUAUACAAUUAAAAUAACUUGUAAAAGGUUACAAUUUUAUUGCUGCAACUUCAUGAAUAAAAUAAAAUUUUUAGCAUUUUCUCAGAGAAGUAGGACUUCUGAUUUUUUUCAUUCUAUCACAAGAGAAGGUGGUUUUUGGUCACUAACUGCAGAAUUCAGUUGCCCUGAUGCUGCUUCUUGCCCUUCCUUAUUUCAUGAUGAGUGUAAUACAAAGAAGGAACUUCCUUGGUUUUUGCAAUCAAGUUUGCAGAGCUCCACUAUAGGAGAAAAUUGGAACACCUUCCAGAACAGUACCGUGAAAUAGGAAGUGGUAACCUCUAUUCAAGUGCUCUGAAUAAUGUUUUAUUUGGGCUAUUUAAAAAAAAAAAAAAAGCUUCAUUUAUAACAUUCAGACUGUUAACAUCUUUGAUAUGUUCUA